UCUCCCCUCAUGGCCGAUCCUCUCAGUAUCGCGGCCUCAAUAGCCGGGCUGCUAUCUACCACGGGCCAGAUCGCCAAGUUUCUAGGCCCUUAUGUCUCUGCCGCCAAAGAGACGCCCCAGAUCACGGCCCAUGUGUAUUCGGAGGUUCAAAGCACUCAGGUGAUCCUAGCUGGGCUCCAGAACCUAACGCAGAACCUUGGCGCUGUUCAGGCGCGUCACGCUUCUUUGAUUGCAGUACACCAAGUCGUCACCAUUCUCACCGAUGGGGUUCUUUUGUUUUCAGAGCUCGAGGCUGUUGUUCGGUCGCUGCCACCUCGUGAGGGAAGUGAUCAGCGUUUGCCGCUCCGUGCUCGGCUACUAUGGGCGCGCAAAGAGAGCACAUUCACUCCGCUUCUCACGAGAGUUCAAAGCUUCAAAAGUUCCAUGUCAUUGAUACUCAUGAUCUUGCAGAGCGAUUCCGAUCGGAUGGCGACUCAGCAUCAGGAACAGCUCUCUGUUAACAUCAAUGCUCUCCUCGAAAGAAACCAUUCACUUUCCCGACGACUCAUGAACCUGGAAGAUGCUUUGGACGUGCAGACAAUUGUCUCAAAACGGAUGAGCCUCCUGUCUGUCUCAGGAACUGGGCCACAGUCUAGCAGCUCAGUGGAAACACAGAGUAAUCUCACCGAUGCAUCCACGCAACCCACGAGCCAAGGGUCUGAUCUGGACUUGUCCAAGUUUGACUUUGAGGAUGACCUCGAGUCAUCACGCGUCUAUCGCCGAGCGCAACGAGACACCAUGGACUUUUCCUUUCGCAGUUCAGUCGCACCAUCCAACAUCUGGUCCAUCUUCUCUGGUCUCAGCCUUGGCGAUAUCUCCAUUAUAUCCGUCGUUGCACUACCAGUGUAUCAGGAAGAUAUCACCAACGCCGAGAACUACGACUUUGGUGCCGGCGUCGAGGUUCCAACUGCUAUGCCCCAAGCCAAAAAGACAGAGAGGGGGCUCCUAUACGAAUGCUUCGAGAUCAAGUUGAAAAUGCUCCAAAUUCCCGAAAUGAACGAGUAUUUCGAGCAAGAUCUCAGUUCUGCUAUCGCAUUCUAUGAGCUCUGGGUCGUCUUUUCCAAAGGAAUGCCCCUCUUGAAGCUUGUGCAAGCCUUGGAUCCGCAGAUCGACAUUGUCGUGGAUCCAAGGAUGCGUUCCCCUGGAGGACGAGGAGCCGCCCAAGAUGCCAUCUUCCAGUUUCUUGAAUACUGCCGUAGUGAUUUGAAACUCAGUGUUGAAAAUCUCUUCACAAUCUCUGACUUGAUGGGGGCCGAUGCUUACGGGUUUUCAAAAGUCAUCACCGUGGUUUCAUUCAUCAUUGAGAGACUCACAGUCGGCGGCGUCCUGAGUGCCGUCGAUACCCAGUUGGAGGAGCUUGUCCCGACCAGACUCAAUGGUUAUCCAGCUGAGGAGGAGUUGCGCCUCUUGCUCGAGGAAUUCUUAGCUGACCAGUACGCUCUAGUACGUCAGCUACAAGAACUUGUAGAGGUACAGACUUCUAUAGAGGUUGAAGGCACCCUCUUUCGGAACGACAUGAUCGAAAUCUUUGGGAAUACCCGACAACUGACCAGCAUGCAUAUAGGAUUGCUGGUCAGGAUGGAGCAGAAUUUGUUCCUACCCUUUUCCGAGCAGAGGUGGACAGAGGUAUUCCAAUUCUAUCUCGACUAUAUCUCCGAGGAGAGCGAAUUUGUUGCGAAUGAACAGAAGGCCAGGGCCAAGAUCAGAUCAUGCAUUGGCCAAGAGAACAACGUCGCCAGGAAUUCACUGAGCAUCCAGCUAACAAGAUGUUUGAGGAUAUUACCACUUCCAGCUCAACGUUUCCCUAAAUAUAGUGCAUUUCUCAAGGACUUGAGCAGGAUAGCGAGCAUGUCAAUCUCCCAGGGGCCUGAUCUGAAGCUGGCACGAGCAAACCUGAGACAAGCAAUAAGCAUUAUCAAUGAUAGGGUCAGAUCUGAAGAAACCAGCGAGGCGUUUACAGAACUGAAGCAUCGUGUUGAGGACUGGAGAGGUCACAACCCUACCCAAUUUGGCACGUUGCUGCUGUAUGACUCGGUAAUCAUUACGAAGGACAAAGUCAGACGACCUUACCGUGCAUACCUCUUCAGGAACAUCCUGUUAAUAUGCAAGGAGUUGGAGCUCCAACGAAAACAAAAGAGCUUUCAGUUCUGGAAAAGCAGCAGAAGACUGCAGAGCGACAAGCAGACAAAAUUUCAACUCAAAGGCCGUAUAUUCCUCAACAAUAUUGACUCUGUCCUCACUUACCAACGCCCCGGGUCUUACAAAUGUGACGUCUGGUGGUUCGCAGCGAAUGAGAAAGAGAAACAAUGCUUUUCAUUCGAGUUUGCCGCCGAGGCUCAGAUGAUUCUCUGGUCGUCGAAACUCGAUGAGGCCAGAGCCAGGUUUGAUGCUGCGUACGGGACAGAAAGGGACACAAACUCGCAUCUUCUCAUUGAGGGGGUCGGGCCUCCAAUUGGCGAUGAUGAGGACGACGAGGCCGAUAAGUAUUAUUUUCCUGGUUCCAACUAA